GUGGUGAUGCUGGAUGAGCCCACGUCGGGCAUGGACCCGUCGGCGCGGCGGGCCACCUGGGACCUGCUCCAGGGCGAGAAACGCGGGCGCACCAUCCUGCUGACUACGCACUUCAUGGACGAGGCCGACCUGCUGGGGGACCGUAUAGCCAUCAUGGCCGGGGGAGAGCUGCAGUGCUGCGGGUCGCCGCUGUUUCUCAAGAACAAAUACGGUGAGAGAAAAGAGUGAGAAAAAGAGGCAUGCUAGAGAGGAUAAAGGAUGGGGCAAAGGGAAGAGAGGAGGGAAGGUAAAAUGAACAGGUGUGAUGGAGAGGUUGUAGAAAGUGAGAGAAGAGAAAAGAGGUGGAAUAGAGUGGUGAAAGGAAAUGGGUUGGACAGAAUGGGUGGGAGGUGGAAGAGUGGGGAGUGAAGAAUACAAGACAGAACGUGCUGAAUGUGAAUAGUGUGUAUAACUAGUAGUUGUAGAAUGUAUUGAGGUGAUAAGAGAAUGUUUCAGAGAUCUAACUUCAUCUUCCUUCUCCUGCAUCUCAGGUGCUGGCUACCACAUGGUGAUCGUGAAGGACGCGCUGUGCAACGUGUCUGAGAUCACACGGCUGGUCCACAUGUACGUUCCCAAUGCCACGCUGGAGAGCAGUGCCGGGGCUGAGCUCUCAUACAUACUGCCCAAAGAGAGCACCAACAGGUAAAACAGAUGCACGCAGACACACACACACCUGUAUGUCUCAUUCCCUCCCAACCUAAAAUCAAUACCCAAUCUUACACAGGCUAUCAGUGCCGAUGGCCACAGCUCUGAGUUUAGUGUGACAUACUAUUUCAAGUUGGGUCCAAUCUGAGGGUGUUGCUACUUGCUACAGUAUGAUUACAGAGACCUCUACUUCUAGAGGUGAGGGUGAUAUUUCAAGUAGAUACAGUGGGGGAAAAAAGUAUUUAGUCAGUUGUGCAAGUUCUCCCACUUAAAAAGAUGAGAGAGGCCUGUAAUUUUCAUCAUAGGUACACGUCAACUAUGACAGACAAAAUGAGAAAAGAAAAUCCAGAAAAUUACAUUGUAGGAUUUUUUAUGAAUUUAUUUGCAAAUUAUGGUGGAAAAUAAGUAUUUGGUCAAUAAAAAAAGUUUCUCAAUACUUUGUUAUAUACCCUUUGUUGGCAAUGACACAGGUCAAACGUUUUCUGUAAGUCUUCACAAGGUUUUCACACACUGUUGCUGGUAUUUUGGCCCAUUCCUCCAUGCAGAUCUCCUCUAGAGCAGUGAUGUUUUGGGGCUGUCGCUGGGCAACACGGACUUUCAACUCCCUCCAAAGAUUUUCUAUGGGGUUGAGAUCUGGAGACUGGCUAGGCCACUCCAGGACCUUGAAAUGCUUCUUACGAAGCCACUCCUUCGUUGCCUGGGCGGUGUGUUUGGGAUCAUUGUCAUGCUGAAAGACCCAGCCACGUUUCAUCUUCAAUGCCCUUGCUGAUGGAAGGAGGUUUUCACUCAAAAUCUCACGAUACAUGGCCCCAUUCAUUCUUUCCUUUACACGGAUCAGUCGUCCUGGUCCCUUUGCAGAAAAACAGCCCCAAAGCAUGAUGUUUCCACCCCCAUGCUUCACAGUAGGUAUGGUGUUCUUUGGAUGCAACUCUUUGUCCUCCAAACACGACGAGUUGACUUUUUACCAAAAAGUUCUAUCUGACCAUAUGACAUUCUCCCAAUCCUCUUCUGGAUCAUCAAAAUGCACUCUAGCAAACUUCAGACGGGCCUGGACAUGUACUGGCUUAAGCAGGGGGACACGUCUGGCACUGCAGGAUUUGAGUCCCUGGCGGCGUAGUGUGUUACUGAUGGUAGGCUUUGUUACUUUGGUCCCAGCUCUCUGCAGGUCAUUCACUAGGUUUGAGGUUGUGGACAGGUGUAUUUUUAUACUGAUAACAAGUUCAAACAGGUGCCAUUAAUACAGGUAACGAGUGGAGGACAGAGGAGCCUCUUAAAGAAGAAGUUACAGGUCUGUGAGAGCCAGAAAUCUUGCUUGUUUGUAGGUGACCAAAUACUUAUUUUCCACCAUAAUUUGCAAAUAAAUUCAUUAAAAAUCCUACAAUGUGAUUUUCUGGAUUUUUUUUCUCAAUUUGUCUGUCAUAGUUGACGUGUACCUAUGAUGAAAAUUACAGGCCUCUCUCAUCUUUUUAAGUGGGAGAACUUGCACAAUUGGUGGCUGACUAAAUAAAAAAUUUCCCCAUUGUAUAUAUAGCUGACGUCCCAAAUGGCUCCCUAUUUAGUGCACUACUUUUGACCACUUUUGACCUGGUGAAAAGUAGUGCACUAAAAAGGGAAUAGGGUGCCAUUUUGGUCACAGCCAUAGUUGUUGGUUUUAUCUGUAUUGAGUGACUGUUGAGAGGUGGUUUAACGGCCUGAGAUGUAUCUAUAGCUCCCCCAUGACACAAGACUGUUUUAGAUCCGGGUCUGAUUGAUCUCUGAUGGAUCAAUGUUUUUACCUCUCCAGGUUUGAGCUGCUGUUUGCAGAGCUGGAGAUGAACAGAGAGGAGCUGGGCAUCGCCAGCUAUGGAGCCUCUGUCACCACCAUGGAGGAGGUCUUCCUCAGGUAUGGGACCUCACUCACCACAGCUCCCAGGGAGAGUACCAGCUAAGUCUGGAUCUCUCACCACAGCUCCCAGGGAGAGUACCAGCUAUGUCUGGAUCUCUCACCACAGCUCCCAGGGAGAGUACCAGCUAGGUCUCUCGGUACUGGUUCAUAUGAGUCAAAUAUUGAUAAUACACUUUACUUAAAGCCUGCCAUUGUAAUUAAGACUUGUCAUGAGUAUGUAUGUACCUGCAGGCUUUUAAGUGUACACACACACACAUACAUACACACACACACCAGUGGUGGUCGGUGCCGUCUAAGAUGAGGGAGGAUGAUUAUUUCUAUUACAGCAUAUUGGAUGACUGUCUUUCAUAUUCCAUUCACCCAAUUCAAUGUAACAGCGAUAGGUUUAGGCUACUACGUGAUACAAAAAAUUUCCCUAUACCCAUCAUGAGUUUGCUACAACCUACGAAUGAAAGUUUACAACAUAGAUGAACGCAGGUCGAGAGAAACAUUUGAGGUGACAGACAGUGACACAUUCAAUACCGCCUUGCACACUCUUGCCUGCAUCUAGCUGAUCUAGGGUGUAAUCAUUAGUCUAACAGUUGCAAACAAGAGUUUCUAUUGGACAAAUUCAGGUAUGUUUAUCCCCGUUUCGUUCCGUUUGCUUCCGUUUAAGAAAAGUUUUUCAACAGAAUCGGCGGAAUGAAUACACCCCUGAUCACGCGUAAACACAGUUCACUUUCAUAGCAGCCGCGUUGUAUUCCUUCUCACAUCUAUGAGCUGUCCUCCUCUCACCUUUUCUCUUCGUUUGUGGACUUCAAUGCACAACACAUCAGCUGUAUGUGACCAGGCGAAAAAACCUUUCCAAGCCAAACCAUAUCAUAACCACUACAGCCUACAUCGUUGUCACCAAUUUGUAGUCAACAUACAGUUGAAGUCGGAAGUUUACAUACACCUUAGCCAAAUACAUUUAAACUCAGUUUUUCACAAUUCCUGACAUUUAAUCCAAGUACAAAUUCCCUGUCUUAGGUAAGUUAGGAUCACCACUUUAUUUUAAGAAUGUGAAAUGUCAUAAUAAUAGUAGAGAGAAUGAUUUAUUUGAGCUUUUAUUUCUUUCAUCACAUUCCCAGUGGGUCAGAAGUUUACAUACACUCAAUUAGUAUUUGGUAGCAUUGCCUGUAAAUUGUUUAACUUUGGUCAAACGUGUCGGGUAGCCUUCCACAAGCUUCCCACAAUAAGUUGGGUGAAUUUUGGCCCAUUCCUCCUGACAGAGCUGGUGUAACUGCGUCAGGUUUGUAGGCCUCCUUGCUCGCACAUGCUUUUUCAGUUCUGCCCACACAUUUUCUAUAGGAUUGAGGUCAGGGCUUUGUGAUGGCCACUCCAAUACCUUGACUUUGUUGUCCUUUAGCCAUUUUGCCACAACUUUGGAAGUAUGCUUGGGGUCAUUGUCCAUUUGGAAGACCCGUUUGCGACCAAGCUUUAACUUCCUGACUCAUGUCUUGAGAUGUUGCUUCAAUAUAUCCACAUAAUUUUCCUUCCUCAUGAUGCCAUCUAUUUUGUCAAGUGCACCAGUCCCGCCUGCAGCAAAGCACCCCAACAGCAUGAUGCUGCCACCCCCGUGCUUCACGGUUGGGAUGGUGUUCUUCGGCUUGCAAGUCUCCCCUUUUUCCUCCAAACAUAACGAUGGCCAAACAGUUUAUAUUUUUGUUUCAUCAGACCAGAGGACAUUUAUCCAAAAAGUAAGAUCUUUGUCCCCAUGUGCAGUUGCAAACCUUGGUCUGGCUUUUUUAUGACGGUUUUGGAGCAGUGGCUUCUUCCUUGCUGAGCGGCCUUUCAGGUUAGGUCGAUAUAGGACUCGUUUUACUGUGGAUAUAGAUACUUUUGUACGUGUUUCCUCCAGCAUCUUCACAAGGUCCUUUGCUGUUGUUCUGGGAUUGAUUUGCACUUUUCGCACCAAAGUACGUUCAUCUCUAGGAGACAGAACGCGUCUCCUUCCUGAGCGUUAUGACGGCUGCGUGGUCCCAUGGUGUUUAUACUUGCAAACUAUUGUUUGUACAGAUGAACGUGGUACCUUCAGGCAUUUGGCAAUUGCUCCCAAGGAUGAACCAGACUUGUGGAGGUCUACAAUUUAUUUUCUGAGUUCUUGGCUGAUUUUGUUUCAUUUUCCCAUGAUGUCAAGCAAAGAGGCACUGAGUUUUGAAGGUAGGCCUUGAAAUACAUCCACAGGUACACCUCCAAUUGACUCAAAUGAUGUCAAUUAGCCUAUCUGAAGCUUCUAUAGCCAUGACAUCAUUUUCUGGAAUUUUCCAAGCAGUUUAAAGGCACAGUCAACUUAGUGUAUGUAAACUUCUGACCCACUGGAAUUGUGAUACAGUGAAUUAUAAGUGAAAUAAUCUGUCUGUAAACAAUUGUUGGAAAAAUUACUUGUGUCAUGCACAAAGUAGAUGUCCUAACCGACUAUCCAAAGCUAGUGGUUGAAAAACGAGUUUUAAUGACUCCAACCUAAGUGUAUGUAAACUUCCGACUUCAACUGUAGCUACAAUCAUGCAGUAACGUUACAGUGUACAGUCAGUAAGCAGUUUAGUACUUGCACCGGCGGGCCCCGGUGGCAAUAAAUUAGUAAAACCAAAAGCUUACCUUGACUUGGAAGAGUUCCAGUGUUGUUUUGGAUAGUCAUAGCCAGCUAGCUAACAUAGCAUCCCUCUAUUUGAGCAGGGUGUUUGAGUAGGCUUAACUAGCUAGCUGCAUUUGCUAGCUAAGUAAGUGAAACUGAAAGUAAAAAAACAAAAUGACAAUCUCUAUCGCUCUCUUGCUUCUCCUUCAUCUUUCUCUCUCUUUGAGUCAACUACUCACCACAUUUUAUGCACUGCAGUGCUAGCUAGCUGUAGCUUAUGCUUUCAGUACUAGAUUCAUUCUCUGAUCCUUUGAUUGGGUGGACAACAUGUCAGUUCAUGCACGAAAGCUCUGAUAGGUUAGAGGACAUCCUCCGGAAGUCGUCAUAAUUACUGUGGAAGUCUGUGGAAGGGGGUGAGAACCAUGAGCCUCCUAGGUUUUGUAUUGAAGUCAAUGGACCCAGAGGAGGACGGAAGCUAGCUGUCCUCUGGCUCCACCAUGGUGCUACCCUACAGAGUGCUGUUGAGGCUACUGUAGACCUUCAUUGCAAAAAAGUGUUUUUUUAAUCAAUUAUUUGGUGACGUGAAUAUACUUUGUGUAUUUGUAUCUAAAAAGGAUAACUUUUUUAAUGUUUUACCAUGUUUAUUUGUAUGAAAUUCACAGAGGAGGAUGGUCCUCCCCUUCCUCCUCUGAAGAGCCUCCACUGACACCCACACUUAUUCCAGUUCUCAUCUUCCGCUCAAUUACUCCAUCACCAGCCAGCUGCCUUCAGCCUACUUCUGAGCAAUUAUUUAUGUCUGUGUGUUUAAAGCCUGUUUGUCUGUGUGUGUUUUGAGCAUAUUUUAAUGUUUGUGUGUGUGUGUGUUUUGAGAGUAAUCUCAUGUGUGUGUGGGGGGGGGGGUUUAGUACAGUUUGUGUUACUGUCUGUUAGUACAGUUUGUGUUACUGUCUGUUAGUACAGUUUGUGUGCGUGCACACGUUCUUGUAGGCAUGCGUUCUUUCAGUAGGACACAGCUGUAAAGGCUCUAAACAGGAUGUAGCAAUUACCUCCAAAAUGUCUCAUUUCAGGCGUCAUUAUUUUUACAUCAUGCUGUGGGUCUAUCAGUGAGUGUCUCAGUCAUUAACCGUAUACAAAAGCCUCAUUAGUCCUCUAUUUGUUUUCAACUACACUAAAAGCCACCAUCUUAACACAUGUUCAAUCUGUUCACACUGGUACAUACUGUAGCUGAAGGUGUAACACCAUUUAAAUUAAUCCUAUCAUUAGGGUUUAUUUUUAACUACACUAAAAGCCACCAUCUUAACACGUGUUCAGUCUGUACAUACCCUGGCUGGUACAUGCUGUAGCUAAAGCCUUAACUGGUCUUUUCAGUUUAUUUUCAGCCCUACAACAUACAGCCUCUUUCCAUUAUUAAUUUCAUUCAGCUUUAUUCCCACCCUGCUCUUUGAAGGGGUGGACCAUCUACAUUAGUCCUGUCAUUUCAGUUUCUGUUCACAUAUGCUGAAAGCUACCUAAUUUAACACCUGUUCAGACUGUUCUUACUUUGGCUUAGUAAGUUCUGCUUCUUUUCAUCUUACUACAUAUGUGGUCUCAUGGCCAUUAUCAAUUUGAUGGAGCUACUGCAGAGGCCCCUAGUCCAUUUUCAUUGCUGAUCUCUUAUAGAACUGUUAGAUGAAGCUCCUUGAAAAUUUAGCUGUAGAUGGAAUCAAAUGUUGCCGCUCCGUCUCUCUCCUCUACCUGUCUUUGUCUGCCUGUUGUAACAGACAGAUGUCUGUCAGGCAUUGUGGGAGUGGAGAUUGGCUGGCUGAAUUCAUCAUAGAUUUGUAACGAACAGAAAUAGUGUUCUGGCUAUUGUGGUUGUCCAAGCUCCUGUCCAUCCCCUCUGAGAGGGAGAAGGCGUAGAGAGUUAGCAGGGCUGGAACGACAUAAAAUGCUCACCAUCACCAAUAACACACACUUAUUAAGUACUCUCCAAUGUGCUCCUUUGUUUUGUGUACAAUAGACACCCCCCUGGGGUGUGUUCCUGAGUCCUGUGAAGAGAUUUCAGCAUCAAAAUCCCAUCUGAUUUGCACAGAGUGCUCUCUCCAUAAGCCACUUCCUGAACACGAUGAUUCAUCCAAUUAUGAAUUAAUGUUUAAUGUCUAUAAUUAAGUUUUGUACAAACUGUCAAGAUGUCAUACAGUACAAAGAAAGGGUCCUACGUUCUUCCGGACCACCUGACAUGAUUAAGAAAAACUAAAGUUUCCUGGUCAGAUCACAUGUUCUGGGAAAAACUCAGCAUAGUUCAUUUAAUAUACAGCUGAAUUAAAUUGUCAUAAUCUCAUCAUUUAACACUAGGUAUCUAACUACUUUAAAUUGUAUAUUUCCUUAUAUGUUGUCAUGAUAAAGCUCAGUUCAGUAGGGUAGCUCAAUAAAAUUGUUAUAACUAAGUUGUAUUCGUCCCUGUGUACUGUCAGACUAGAGAAGUGCACUAAGUUGCAUACAGUGCCUUGGGAAAGUAUUCAGACCCCUUGACUGUUUCCACAUUUUGUUACGUUACAGCCUUAUUCUAAAAUGGAUUAAAUAAAGGUCCCCAAGAACACAGUGGCCUCCAUUAUUCUUAAAUGGAAGAAGUUUGGAACCACCAAGACUCUUCCUAGAGCUGGCCGCCCGGCCAAACUGAGCAAUCAGGGGAGAAGGGCCUUGGUCAGGGAGGUGACCAAGAACCCGAUGAUCACUCUGACAGAGCUCUAGAGUUCCUCUGUGGAGAUGGGAGAAUCUUCCAGAAGGACAACCAUCUCUGCAGCACUCCACCAAUCAGGCCUUUAUGGUAGAGUGGCCAGAUAGAAGCCAGUCCUCAGUAAAAGGCACAUGACAGCCCGCUUGGAGUUUGCCAAAAUGCACCUAAAGACUCUCAGACCAUGAGAAACAAGAUUCUCUGGUCUGAUGAAACCAAGAUUUAACUCUUUGGCCUGAAUGCCAAGCGUCAUGUCUGGAGGAAACCUGGCACCAUCCCUACGGUGAAGCAUGGUGGUGGCAGCCGUCAUGCUGUGGGGAUGUUUUUCAGCGGCAGGGACUGGGAGACUAGUCAGGAUCGAGGCAAAGAUGAACGGAACAAAGUACAGAGAGAUCCUUGAUGAAAACCUGCUCCAGAGCGCUUAGGACCUCGUCCUGUUGGAAGGUGAACCUUCACCCCAGUCUAACGACCCUAAGCACACAGCCAAGACAACGCAGGAGUGGCUUCGGGACAAGUCUCUGAAUGUCCUUGAGUGGCCCAGCCAGAGCCCGGACUUGAACCCGAUCGAACAUUUCUGGAGAGACCUGAAAAUAGUUGUGCAGCAACGCUCCCCAUCCAACCUGACAGAGCUUGAGAGGAUCUGCAGAGAAGAAUGGAAGAAACUCCCCAAAUACAGGUGUGCCAAGCUUGUAGCAUCAUACCCAAGAAGACUUAAGGCUGUAAUCGCUGCCAAAGGUGCUUCAACAAAGUACUGAGUAAACGAUCUGAAUACUUAUGUCAUUUUUUCAUUUUUACUAAAUUAGCCAACAUUAAAAAAAAACAUGUUUUUGCUUUGUCAUUAUGGGGUAUUGUGUGGAGAUUGAUGAGGGAAUAAAACAAUUUAAUCCAUUUUAGAAUAAGGCUGUAACGUAACAAAAUGUGGAAAAAGUCAAGUGGUCUGAAUACUUUCCAAAGUUACUGUAUGUCCCUGUGUACUGUCAGGCUAGAGAAGUGCACUGAGUUGCAUAUGUCCCUGUGUACUGUCAGGCUAGAGAAGUGCACUGAGUUGCAUAUGUCCCUGUGUACUGUCAGGCUAGAGAAGUGCACUGAGUUGCAUAUGUCCCUGUGUACUGUCAGGCUAGAGAAGUGCACUGAGUUGCAUAUGUCCCUGUGUACUGUCAGAAUGGUAAAGAUAAGUAAUAGAUACAACAUCAACCAUAUUAUAAUGUUUGUAUUUCCUUGUGUGUGUCCUCAGAGUGGGGAAGCUGUUGGUCUCUAGCCUGGACAUCCAGGGUUAGGGUUAGAUAUAAUGCUACUGUACUAAGCUGUACAUUCCUGUGUAUUCCCAGAGUGGGGAAGCUGGUGGAUUCUAGCCUGGACAUCCAGGCCAUCCAGCUGCCAGCGCUGCAGUACCAACACGAGAGACGCUCCCACGACUGGACCUUGGACGACGCCAGCAGCUACAGCGCCAUGACCGACGUUACCGACUUCACUGACAGCGGCACGCUCAUCUCCGAGGACUGCUCCAACAUCAAGCUCAACACAGGGGUGAGAGAGGAUAGUUUUUUGUGUGGAUUCAGGCAGAAAGUAAGCUGAAUGUCAAUAUAGAAGGUUGCCUGUUAACACAUCUUCUCUUUCUGUCAUCAAUAUGGUUUAUUAAUAGGAAAGUUUAGGAGCUUACAAAAUAUAGGAACAUACUGUAUUAAAUCACAGAUGAUAUGAAAAUAAUGUAUGUCUGUCUGUCUGUGUCUCUGUCUGUGUCUCUGUCUGUGUCUCUGUCUGUGUCUCUGUCUCUGUCUUUCUAGGCCAGAUUGUACAUGCAGCAGUUCUAUGCCAUGUUCCUGAAGCGGGCGCUCUAUAGCUGGAGGAACUGGAAGGUGAUUGUUGCCCAGUUCCUGGUGCCCCUGGUGUUCACCGUGCUGGCCCUGGUGGUGGCGAAGACCUUCCCCGGGCGCCACGACUCACCGCAGUUGAGGCUGGCACUGGGCCGCUACGGGCCCACCACCGUACCCGUGGCCCUGGAGCCCGGCAAGGGACCUCUGGCAAUCGCCCUGGCACAGGUGUAUUCCUCGCAAUUGGCCGCCCAGAAAGCCCAGGAUGUCAGUAUUAGCGGUAAGCGUGUCAGCAUGUUGGAAGGGAUCGGAUGAUCACAUAAUGAGUAGUUAUUUGAGAUGCAAGGUCAUUUGUAGAUCAGUGAUUCUGUGCAGCCUGUCUGCAAUCUAGUCAAUCUCAAACACGCAUGGUGGAAUCUACUUCAGGCUUUAGACCAUAGAGAUGCACCCAUGGAAAAAGCUUAUCUUUACUGAUCCACCCUAUCCCCUGCUCCUUUUCCUUAGACUUCACUGAGUACGUGCUCACCAAGACCGAGGAGGAGGGCGGGGCAUUCAACGAGCGCUGCGUGGUGGGUGCAUCGUUCUGUGGCGGCACGGGGAAGUUCGCCGAGGUCACGGCCUACUUCAAUAACCAGGGCUACCACACGGCCGCCACGGCCCUGAUGAUGGUGGACAAUACCCUGUUCAAGAUGCUGGCCGGGCCCAACGCCUCGAUUAUGACGGGAAACAUGCCAAUGCCCCGCAACGUCUCCGAGAGUGCUCAGAGUCAGCUGACAGAGUGAGUGGAGGUGGGGAAUGGGGAGGAUGGCAGGGAUAUAGGGGAGGAAGGGAGGAGGAAGGGGGGAGGGAGGGAGGGAUGGGGGAAUGGAAGUGGAGCGGGUGUUAUGAAAAGAGGAGAGGGGAUGGGAAAGGAAGGGAGAAUGGAUGAAAAAAAAAGGAGAGAAGUUGUAGGGACGGAAAAGAGGGUAUGGAAGGAACACAGGUGUUAUCUUUAACACAUUUGAGAAGAGGGGUGAAUGUUUAGUUGGGUACUCUGCAUGAGUCACUCUGACUCAGUCGAUUUAUCUUCCUUAUUGUUGUUAGAUAGAAGUUGACUUUUCCAUCAACCACCUUGUUUUGGGUCCCUAUUAUGGUCUCUCCUUUAAACACCUGCGGUCCACACAUCCGUUACAGCCACUAAAUCCCAAUUAAACCAGGCUACGUCCCAAAUGGCACCCUAUUCCUUAUAGAGUGCACUACUUUUCACCAUGGUCCAUAGGGCUCUGGUCAAACGUAGUGCACUAUGUAGGGAAUAGGGUGCCAUUUGGGAUGUAGGCCCAGUCAAUGAGCUCCCGGCCCUGCUGGCUGGAUCGAUGGGGAAGCAACAGAGGUUGAUGAUAAGUUAGGGUCUGAGGGGGAGAUAUUGACCAACAUCAUUCAUCAGGAGGUUUUUUAGAGGUGAGAGGAUAAAGAGAGAGUGGUAGUGGUUCGGUCAGCGAAGUUAUAUUGAUGGGAGGAAGGACUGAGUGAGAGAAGGAUGAGAGGAUAGAGGUCUGAUGAAGAUGAAUAUUUCUAGUUUCAUAAUACUCCUCCAUCUCUCUCUCUCCUUUUCCCCUCUGUCUGCCUACCUCACCACUCAAUAAAUAAUUUGCUUCCUCCCUUACUUUUCUUUCUCUUUUUCUGUCACUCCUCCCAGCUCCAUCCCCUUCUUUCUUUUCCUCCCGUCUCUUUCACACUUGUUUACCCUCCUCUCUCUUUCAUUGCGCUCUCUCUUUCGCUCGCUCUCUCUUUCUCUCCCUCUCUCCCCCUCACUCUCUCAAUUCAAUUCAAAUUGCUUUUUUGCUUUAGGGACAGUUUUAAUAAUAAAUAGUAAUCCCCCCCCCUCUCUCUCUCUCACUCCUUCCCUCCUCGACACAGAGGUCAGACGGGAUUCGCCAUCGCCAUCAACCUGAUGUACGGUAUGGCGUCCCUGUCCAGCACCUUCGCCCUGCUCCUGGUCACCGAGCGCUCAAUCAAAUCCAAGCACGUGCAGCAGGUCAGCGGCGUCUACCUCUCCAACUUCUGGUUCUCUGCACUGCUCUGGGACCUGGUCAACUUCUUCCUGCCCUGCGUGCUCAUGCUGGUCAGUAUACCAUCUGGAUUUACUUAAAGGCACAAUGCAGCUGUUUUUAUAUCAAUAUCAAAUCAUUUCUGGGUAACAAUUAAGUACAUUACUGUGAUUGUUUCAAAUGAAAAUGCUCAAAAGGAAACUGAAAAAUAUCGGCUAUCCCCCCCAAACAUCCCUCCCUCCCAACAGGUGGUGUUCCGGGCGUUUGCGGUCAAGGCCUUCGUAGCGGACAACCACCUGGUUGACGUGUUGUUACUCCUGCUGCUAUACGGCUGGGCCGUCGUCCCCCUCAUGUACCUGCUCAGCUUCCUGUUCUCCACUGCCGCCUCCGCAUACACCCGCCUCACCAUUUUCAACAUCAUCAGCGGCACCGCCACCUUCCUCACCGUCACCAUCAUGACCAUCCCAGGUGAGAGCCAAGGCCAGGAUACUAGCGUUUCACACUAUCGUGCCGACCCAAACCAAACUGUGCCGGCUCUGAUAUUUUCAGGAUGGGCCAGCUACUGUGGGGAUGCGUAGCCAGUGCCAGCCUGGUGCUCUUAUUUGCUUCACAACUGGGGAUUAGGCUGGCAAAAUACGCUGUGGAAAUACAUUUGAUGAAUUUCCCUUACCUUGAUUCUCUUUUCUCAUUACCUCUCCUCCUUCUCCUCCUCCUGUUUCCCCUCCUCUCCCUCUCCCUCUCCUCCUCCUGUUUCCCCCUCUCCCUCUCCCUCCCCUCUGUUUCCCUCCUCUGCCCUCUCCCCUCCCUCCCUUCCUCCUUUUCUCUGUUUUUCUCCUCCCUCUCUCCUCUCUCUCCUCCUCCUCACUCCUGUUUCCCCUCCUCUCCUCUCCCUCCUUCCCCUCCUCUCCUCCUCCUGUUUCCCCUCCUCUCCCUCUCUCCUCUCCCCUCCUCCCUCCUCUCCUCCUCCUGUUUCCCCUCCUCUUCCUCUCCCUCUCCUCCUCCUGUUUCCCUUCCUCUCCCUCUCCUCUCCUCUCCUGUUUCCCCUCCUCUCCCUCUCCCCUCCUCCCUCCUCUCCUCCUCUCUUCUCCCCCUCUCAGAGCUAAAGCUACAGGACCUGUCUCGUAUCCUGGACAAAGUGUUCCUGCUCUUCCCUAACUACUGCCUGGGCAUGUCCUUCAGCCAGUUCUACCAGAACUACCAGUUCAUCACCUUCUGCACCUCCAACCCCAUGGCCACGGGCUUCUGCCGUUUCUUGAGUGAGUAGUGCACGAUUCUCUGCUACAGCAGGGAGAGAGAAACCGUAGCUGUAUCACUGUGUCCGUAGUUCAGUAGGACUACCUAUCGUAUUAGUCGUUUUUUGGGGAGUGGGGUGGGGACCAAAAAUGUAGAGUAUUAUUUUAUGGAACAAUAUACAAAUGUUAUUGAGAAAGAUAAUUUGAAAAAUGUAAUGUUAUUGUGUAAAUAUAUGUAUUGGUUCUCUUAAUUUUGAUAGGAGAGAUACAAAUGUAAUGAGUAAAAGGUUGUUUGUUGAUAUUUGUUGAUGUGAAAAUAGAUUUGGGGUGGGGUGGGGUCGCCACAAUAAAAAAUAAAAAAAAGGUGUCUCCAGAAAUUCCUGCGUAAAAAAUAAAUAAUGGGGUCCCCGCUGAAAAAGUUUGAGUACCACUGUGUUACAUGAUAUGUAGUUGUAGGAAUAUUGUGUUGAUGAUGAUGAUCACAAUAAUGUUGAUGAGAAUGAUUCUGACUACGACGAUGGUAAUGAGUAUGAUGAAGAACCUGUCCUGCCAUUUUCUAGUUAACCCUUCGUAGCCCUGACUGGUCUUGUUGCUCCUCCCUCCUCCAGACAUCACGUACCAGGAGAACUACUUCUCCAUGUCGGAGCCGGGGGUGGGCCGUUUCCUCGUGGCCCUGUCCCUGCAGGGUGUAGUCUUCAUCACCCUCCUCUUCAUCAUCGAGAUGCAGUGUGUCAAAACCCUCUGCCGCUUCCUCACCCACCUCGCCAGGAGACGUAAACAGGUCAGCAGGGGAGGGGCCAGAGAAUUGACCAUAGGGUGCUGCCUCAUGCCCCAGGUGGGUGGAGUUUUCACUUUAUGACCUAUGGAAUUGUCGAAAAUGUGCAUACUCCGCCCACCUGGUGCCCUGAGCGAGAUGAAACUAAUGCCCCCUUUGUUUCUGUAGGGCUGUAUACAAGAGGAAAUUAUACACAUUUCUUUGAAGAAUUUCUGAUUUCUGAAAAGCUGGUAUAUUUUGGUGUGGUUGGGUACAAAAUUCAACAUAAUGUUCCCUGUUGCAAAUUCUUACAGCUGUAUUAUGCCAGUAGUAUAAAAAGAGCCCAUUGAUAGUAAUAGUCUGUAUGUGUCUCCUAGCUGCCUCUGAUAGGGGAUGUGGCCCUACUGCCGGAGGACAGGGACGUAGCGGAGGAGAGGAAGAGGGUUCUGGAGUGUCAGCCCAUAGUAGAGUCUAUGGUGGGGAGCCCUCUCAUACUGCAGGACCUCAGCAAGGUACAGCACCUGUCUGUUAGUCUGUUCUCCCUCCCAGGGGCAUUCAGUAGUGGUGAGGGUCUCUCUCUCUCUGUCUGUCUGUCUCUCUCUCUGUCGUUCUCUCUGUGUCUCUUUCUCUCCUCUCCCUCCAGGUCUACAGCAGUGAUCUCCCACCCUCUCCUCUCCCUCCCCCCCAGGUCUACAGCAGUGAUCUCCCACCCUCUCCUCUCCCUCCCUCCAGGUCUACAGCAGUGAUCUCCCACCCUCUCCUCUCCCUCCCCCCCAGGUCUACAGCAGUGAUCUCCCACCCUCUCCUCUCCCCUCCCCCAGGUCUACAGCAGUGAUCUCCCACCCUCUCCUCUCCCUCCCCCCCAGGUCUACAGCAGUGAUCUCCCACCCUCUCCCUCCCUCCAGGUCUACAGCAGUGAUCUCCCACCCUCUCCUCUCCCUCCCCCCAGGUCUACAGCAGUGAUCUCCCACCCUCUCCUCUCCCUCCCCCAGGUCUACAGCAGUGAUCUCCCACCCUCUCCUCUCCCUCCCCCCAGGUCUACAGCAGUGAUCUCCCACCCUCUCCUCUCCCUCCCCACCAGGUCUACAGCAGUGAUCUCCCACCCUCUCCUCUCCCUCCCCCCCAGGUCUACAGCAGUGAUCUCCCACCCUCUCCUCUCCCUCCCUCCAGGUCUACAGCAGUGAUCUCCCACCCUCUCCUCUCCUCCCCCCAGGUCUACAGCAGUGAUCUCCCACCCUCUCCUCUCCCUCCCCCCAGGUCUACAGCAGUGAUCUCCCACCCUCUCCUCUCCCUCCCUCCAGGUCUACAGCAGUGAUCUCCCACCCUCUCCUCUCCUCCCCCCAGGUCUACAGCAGUGAUCUCCCACCCUCUCCUCUCCUCCCCCCAGGUCUACAGCAGUGAUCUCCCACCCUCUCCUCUCCCUCCCCCCAGGUCUACAGCAGUGAUCUCCCACCCUCUCCUCUCCUCCCCCCAGGUCUACAGCAGUGAUCUCCCACCCUCUCCCUCCCUCCAGGUCUACAGCAGUGAUCUCCCACCCUCUCCUCUCCCUCCCCCCAGGUCUACAGCAGUGAUCUCCCACCCUCUCCUCUCCCUCCCCCCAGGUCUACAGCAGUGAUCUCCCACCCACCCUCUCCUCUCCUCCCCCCAGGUCUACAGCAGUGAUCUCCCACCCUCUCCUCUCCCUCCCCCCAGGUCUACAGCAGUGAUCUCCCACCCUCUCCUCUCCCUCCCCCCAGGUCUACAGCAGUGAUCUCCCACCCUCUCCUCUCCCUCCCCCAGGUCUACAGCAGUGGUGAAACAGUAUUGGCGGUAGACAGACUCUCUCUAGCAGUGGGGAAAGGAGAGUGUUUUGGCCUGCUGGGUUUCAAUGGAGCAGGGAAGACCACCACCUUCAAGAUGCUCACAGGGGACGAGACCGUCACCUCUGGUGAUGCCUACAUUGACGGCUACAGCAUCCUGAGGGAUGUCAAGAAGGUAGGAGAGCGAGAGGGAGGUAAGGAGAGGGAGAGAGGGGGGAGGGAGGGAGGGAGGGAGAGAGGGAGGGGGAAAUUAGCACUUUUGAAAAAUUAUUAAAAUUGUUUUGUCACAUACACCGGAUAGGUGCAGUGAAAUGUGUUGUUUUACAGGGUCAGCCAUAGUAGUAUGGCAUCCCUUGAGCAAAUUAGGGAUAACUACCUUGCUCAAGGGCACAUCUGCAGAUUUUUCAUCUUGUCGGCUCGGGAAUACUCAAACCUCUAAGCUAACUGCCGCCCUUACUUGAAAGUUCAUUAGGGCACACCGUAGCAAAGCAUUUUGCAACAGAAAACAAAAACUAGCAUUUCCUUUUGAACACAUACAGAUAGGACCUUCUCAAUUAGGGGCUGUUUUCUUACGCUUUGUGCCUCCUGAACACGAACCAGUUCUAAUAUACAAUGAAACUCACAAAAUCACCUUGCAUGACACCACCCUCUCUCCCAUGUGUCGUAGGUACAGCAGAGGAUUGGCUACUGCCCGCAGUUCGACGCUGUCCUGGAUCACAUGACAGGAAGAGAAACGCUGUGCAUGUACGCUAGGCUCCGGGGGAUACCAGAGAAAUACGUGUCGGGCUGCGUGGAGAACGUGCUACGGUCCUUACUACUAGAUCCCCAUGCUGACAAACUGUGCCGCAGCUACAGGUAAGCAUUCAGGGGAGAGAGUAGGGGGGAAGGGGUUGGGUGUGUGUGUGUUGGUUUGGAGGUGGGGGACAGAGUGUGUGUGUGUGAGUGUGUGUGGGGCAGUUGCUGGUCACAGAGUCCUUUUCUUGCUCUAUAUUUGUUGUGCUCCUUCUGUCCCUCUAGACAUAGCAUGUCCUAUAGUGUACACUCCUCCUUCUGUCCCUCUAGACAUAGCUUGUCCUAUAGUGUACACUCCUCCUUCUGUCCCUCUAGACAUAGCAUGUCCUAUAGUGUACACUCCUCCUUCUGUCCCUCUAGACAUAGCUUGUCCUAUAGUGUACACUACUCCUUCUGUUCCUCUAGACAUAGCUUGUCCUAUAGUGUACACUACUCCUUCUGUUCCUCUAGACAUAGCUCACGAAUGUCAAGAGAUUGCUGAGUACAAACACACUCCCUUUCCUCCUUCCUUCCUCCCUCCUACAUACAUCUCUCCAUCUUGCCCCCCUCCCUCUCCCUCUCCCUCCCCCUCCCCAUCCCUUCCUAUCCCUCUCUCUUUUUCCCUCCUUCACCUCUUUCUCUCUCCCUGCAGUGGGGGCAAUAAGAGGAAGCUGAGUGCGGCUGUGGCUCUGAUUGGUGGACCCCCGGUCAUCUUCCUGGACGAGCCAUCCACCGGCAUGGACCCGGUUGCUAGGCGACUGCUGUGGGACGCCGUGACGCGCACCCGAGAGUCUGGAAAGGCCAUCAUCAUCACUUCUCACAGGUGAACAUAGCGCGCACACACACACCGUCCUCUUCAUCGCUAACAUGAUCAUCCUCAUUUCUUCAUCAUCUUCCACCUUCCAGUACAGCCAUUACUUUGUUUCAGGAAGGAACAGAGAGACUCAGAGAUUGAAAUAGAUGUUGUCAUGCUUGGUAUCUUCUUUUUAUCUCUCUCAAUCUUUCUCCCUCUCCUCUCUUUUUCCCACUGUUCUUCCCCUUCUGUCUUGCUCUCUCUGCUGUAGUAUGGAGGAAUGCGAGGCCCUGUGCACCAGGCUGGCUGUGAUGGUGAACGGUCAGUUUAAGUGUCUGGGCAGUCCCCAGCACCUGAAGAGUAAGUUUGGCAGCGGCUACACACUGCUGGCUAAAGUACGAGUCGACAAGGAGGUGGAGGACAGCGACCUGCAACUCUUCAAGGACUUCAUCGAGAGCACCUUCCCAGGUCAGAGACAAAAACACACACACACACACACACACACUUUUUCCACAUUUAGUUACGUUACAGCCUUAUUCUAAAAUGUAUUACAUAGUUUUUUCCCCUCAUCAAUCUACACACAAUACCCCAUGAUGUUUGCUAACAAACAUUUUUUUUUUUUAUGAAAGUAUUCAGACCCUUUACUCAGUAAUUUGUUGAAGCACCUUUGGCAGCGAUUACAGCAUCAAGUCUUCUUGGGUAUGACUCUACAAGCUUGGCACACCUGUAUUUGGGGAGUUUCUCCCAUUCUUCUCUGCAGAUCCUUUCAAGCUCUGUCAGGUUGGAUGGGGAGCGUUGCUGCACAGCUAUUUCCAGGCCUCUCCAGAGAUCUGGUUCAAGUCCGGGCUCUGGCUGGGCCACUCAAGGACAUUCAGAGACUUGUCCUGAAGCCACUCCUGCGUUGUCUUGGCUGUGUGCUUAGGGUCGUUGUCCUGUUGGAAGGUGAACCUUCACCCCAGUCUGAGGUCCUAAGCGCUCUGGAGCAGGUUUUCAUCAAGGAUCUCUCUGUACUUUGUUCCGUUCAUCUUUCCCUCGAUCCUGACUAGUCUCCCAGUCCCUGCCGCUGAAAAACAUCCCCACAGCAUGAUGUUGCCACCACCAUGCUUCACCGUAGGGAUGGUGCCAGGUUUCCUCCAAACAGAACAAAGAGUUCAAUCUUGGUUACAUCAUUUACAUUUACAUUUUAGUCAUUUAGCAGACGCUCUUAUCCAGAGCGACUUAGUUGUUGAGUGCAUACAUUAUCUCUAGUGGCACAGCUAGCACUGCGAUGCAGUGCCUUAGACCACUGCGCCACUCGGGAGGCACAUCAGACCCAAGAAUCUUGUUUCUCAUGGUCUGAGAGUCUUUAGGCGCCUUUUGGCAAACUCCAAGCAUGCUAUCAUGUGCCUUUUACUGAAGAGUGGCUUCCGUCUGGCCACUACCAUAAAAGCCUGAUUGGUGGAGUGCUGCAGAGAUGGUUGUCCUUCUCCAUAGAGGAACUCUAGAGCUCUGUCAGAGAGACCAUCGGGUUCUUGGUCACCUCCCUGACCAAGGCCCUUCUCCCCUGAUUGCUCAGUUUGGCUGGGCGGCCAACUCUAGGAAGAGUCUUGGUGGUACCAAACUUCUUCCAUUUAAGAAUGAUGGAGGCCAAUGUGUUCUUGGGGACAUUCAAUGCUGCAGAAAUUUUUUGGUACCCUUCCCCAGAUCUGUGCCUCGACACAAUUCUGUCUCGGAGCUCUACGGACAAUUCCUUCGACCUCAUGACUUGGUUUUUGCUCUGACAUGCACUGUCAACUGUGGGACCUUAUAUAGACAGGUGUGUGCCUUUCCAAAUCCUGUCCAAUCAAUUGAAUUGACCACAUGUGGACUCCAAUCAAGUUGUAGAAACAUCGCAAGGAUAACUAAUGAAAACACGAUGCACCUGAGCUCAAUUUCGAGUCUCGUAGCAAAGGAUCUGAAUACUUAUUAAAAGGUAUUUCAGUUUUUUUUUUGUUUUUUUUUACAUUUGCAAAUAUUUCUAAAAAACAGUUUUUGCUUUGUCAUUAUGGGGUAUUGUGUGUAGAUUGAUGAGGGGAAAAACGUAUUUAAUCAAUUUUAGAAUAAGGCUGUAACGUAACAAAAUGUGGAAAAAGUCAAGGGGUCUGAAUACUUUCCGAAGGCACUACACGCACGCACGCACGCACUCACCCCACCCCCCGAGGCGAUCCAAGAUGUAUGACUGUCAAUGGUUUAGGGGGUUGGUCUAACAUGACAUCACUUCCUUCUCUCCACAGGAAGUCUACUGGCAGAUGAACACCAGGGUAUGGUGCACUACCACUUGACUGACAAGACUCUCACCUGGGCACAGGUAACUAUCUCUCUUUCUCAGCCGGUCCCUAUUCACUCCUUAACCCUUCUCCUUGGCCCUAACAUGUCAGCCAAACUGCCUUUUUAGAUUUUAGAUAGGGCUCCCGAGUGGCACAGCGGUCUAAGGCACUGCAUCUCAGUGCUUGAGGCGUCACUACAGACCCCCUGGUUCGAUUCCAGGCUGUAUCACAACCGGCCGUGAUUGGGAGUCCCAUAGGGCGGCGCACAAUUGGCCCAGCGUUGUCCGGGUUUGGCUGGUGUAGGCCGUCAUUGUAAAUAAGAAUUAGUUCUUAACUGAAUUGCCUUGUUAAAUAAAAGUUUAAAAAAUACGAAGAGUGUAAUGACUCUUGGCACUAAGUGUAUUUGCAAUUGAUUUGUGUCUGACUACUCCAGACUAUUGAAGUUGUCAGAAACAGCUUGUGAUUUCAGUCUAAGCACUGACUCACCCUAUGUGACUCACCCUGUUACUCACCCUAUGUGACUCACCCUAUGUGACUCACCGUAUGUUACUCCCCCAUGUUCCCCCUCUUUCUCUCCCCUCUCUUUAUCCCCCCCAUUCUCCCCCAGGUGUUUGGCACCCUGGAGGCAGCCAAAGAGAAGUACAACAUCGACGACUAUGCUGUGAGCCAGAUCUCCCUGGAACAGGUGUUCCUCAGCUUCGCCCAGUUCCAGCACUGCAGCAGGAAAUAG